GAGGAAGCUGAGAACUUCCCAACCAGUAGGUGGCGGUAACACUUUUUUGUACCAUUAAAUAAAAGAAUAGGAAGACGCACCGGUCAAUGCUUGUUCGUCGUGUGGAGCAGAUUUGAGUUAAACAUGGACAUCAUCAAGGGUCCAUUGGACAUGCUGAAGAGCCCGUUAGGCAUGGGUGUCACCGUUGCACUUGGCUGCGGGCUCCUCGUGGGUUGGCAGCUACGUGCCAUCUUGGGUCCAUCCCCCAAAAGUCUGAUGAGGUCCAUGGGAGCCGGCUCCACUGAAGCAUCGGUGAUGGGAGAAGGAGGGGGCUACAAGAUGAUCCUGGUUGUCAACUGCAACCUGAAGAUGGGAAAGGGUAAAGUGGCGGCCCAAUGCGCACAUGCAGCUGUGGCGGCGUACAAACAGGUGCAGUCCAGAAACCCGGAGCUCCUCAAAAUGUGGGAGUACUGCGGUCAGCCCAAAGUAGUGGUGAAGGCCCCGGACGAGGAGACCUUGAUUCAGCUCAUGGGGCUCGCCAAGGAGUUGAGGCUGCCUGUGAGCCUGAUCCAAGAUGCGGGAAGGACACAAAUCGCCGCCGGCUCCCGCACUGUGCUCGGUAUUGGUCCGGGUCCGUCCGACCUCAUUGACACUGUCAGCGGAGACUUAAAGCUUUUCUAAGGGUCCCCCUCUUCACAUGAAUGUAGUUGAUACAGCUUCUAUUUCUAGACCAUUUGUAAAGUAAAUAUUGAAUGCAAAGAAAAUUCAAUUACAUUCUGGAAUCGUACAAGUUCUGCACACUUUUUAUACUGUAUUUAGCUACUUGAUAAACUACAUGUGUGCUUACGCGGUCGCGGGAUAUGGUCGUUAUAAUCCAUUUGAACAUAUUAUUUCUCUGGCAAACAUGCAAACAUUAAAAGUAAUAAUCAUAUUACGAGCUCUUAAUUUGCAUUAAAAAUAUGCAGAAAAGGAUUUAAAAGAUCAAGGGUCUGACAAUUAAGAGACAGUUUGCUGAACAAGGAUGAAACAAAAAUGGCAUUCACUCGGUACAUAUUUGUGUAGGUGCACCGUAAUUAGUGUUGUAAAACCUAAUAUGGGUGCUAUACAAGUUGUUUACAUUAAUGUGUAUUUGUUCAUGAAGAAAAGUUGAACUGGCCCAUUCUAGUUUAGGACAUUUCACAUCUCAUCCCCACCCAUUUUUUAUUUUAUAAAUCUAGCGGUCCAUAGAACAGACUUACCUGUCCCGAGACCAAAGUGUUAACAAAAAAAAUGAAAUCAAAUACAUUUUGAAAAACAAAAUGUCACGGUCUGCUGUCCAUUGAAGAAUAAAGUUUUCUUUGACGC